UCUCUGAAUUUGAUGACACUCGGAACAUCUGUCUAAGUUUAUCUAUUUACAAUUUUUAAUUUGUGAAAAAGUGGCUUUAGCAUUCAGUGAGUGAAAUGAACUCGAUUCCGGACAGAUGGCUACAAUAUAAGCCGUAUGGGACAGUCAUCGAGAACACCAAAAUUCUGGCAUUCAAAGUGCCCCUCAAAGCGACGAUAAAGACACCGCCAACGAAAGAAUUCACAAUUCCGUUACUGUUGGAGGCAUUUCCGAAGCUCAAGUUCGUCAUCGAUUUGACCAACACCAUGAGAUACUACGACAAGAAUGAGUUCACAGCGAAGGACGUAGGCUACUUGAAAAUCAUGGUCCCGGGUCAACAGGUGCCCCCCGAAUCCUGUGUGCUAAAAUUUUUUAAGGCAGUGGACAAAUUUCUGGCGACGGCCAAAACCGAUGAAGUCAUUGGAGUUCACUGCACACAUGGGCUCAACCGAACUGGCUACCUCGUCUGCAGAUACUUUGUGCAGCAGUUGGGCUGGGACGCCGAUGAUGCUGUGAAAGCAUUUCAAGAAGCUCGAGGGCACCCGAUCGAGCGCCAGGAGUACAUCAACCACCUGAAGUCAUCAAUGAGGCGAAAAAUCGACACAUCCUCGAUCAGCCUGACGCCUCAAUCGACUCCCUCCGCGAAGAAAUCCAAGUCUAGCCGCCCCUCUCCGAUCGAAAACUGGCGCGAUCGUGUCCCCCUAAUCCCGGGAUUCCUUCCCCACAUGUCCCCAAUGGGUGCGCAAUGGCGCAGAGAAGUCUGGGGUGGCGCGCCACCCCAGUUACCCCCACCCGAAAUGGGCCUUCCCCCGCCCUCGGGCCCCGGAUUCCCGAUGCCGCGGCCCAACGCGUACAGAAUGCGACCGCCGGCGCAUGAUCCUGGCUUUCUCGGUCACACGGGCUGUCCACCUAGACCAGUUUAUCCAGGCUCGAGGCCGCCGAUAAACAGGCCUCGACCCUCGGCCCUGCCAGCGUUCAGGAAUGGUUUCGUCAAUGGGACUGAUCACUUUAACACUCGGCACGGCUUCAGGCGCCGGGCGGGAGACCCCAGGGCCUUCCCGGGUGGGGAAUUCAAAAAAGACACUCGUGAUAACAAUUUCUGCGGUUUCAGUGGACCUGCCAGACGCACGGAGCAACGACGACUGAGCCGAUUCAGUAAUUAAUUAAUGCGCACACACUGUUCAAAAUUUUUCACGGAAAUUUCCGGUCUGGGAAAAAUUGAAAAUUAAGAGGAAUUAAGAGAAUAAUCGAAAAAUUGAGAAAUUAAGAGAAAAUUUUUGGAGAUUUUCAAUACGUAACGGUUCAACUGAAAUGGCAAGGAAUUUUGUCAUUGGAAAUUCAUAAUUUUAUGGGAAAAUCUGUGGAAAUCGAAUUUUAGUUUAUUUACUCUGAAAAAAUUAAUGAAAAAUCCGGAAAAUUCCAGGAAUUCCGCGAAUUUUCGAGGCAAUUUGGCACUAAUACUCAUUUUCACCUGAAAAUUUAUGUAAAUUAUGGAAUUCUCGCCUUCCUGCCGCUAAAAAAUUUGACCUCCCCUCAAAU